AUGUCUGGGAACCCCCCGAAGGCCUCAGGGAGCACCCCUAAAUCGCCUAUUGCAUCAGGUUUGACGAGAGCAUCUAACGACAAUAUAAUAGCUCUUACGGGAGCCGCAAAUGUAGGUGCGCAAGCGGCGACCAAGACUGGCUCCGGUAGCAAUGCCAACAAUGGGUCUGGUAAUACUGGAGGAGGCUCGUCUUCCGCCUCGGGAACUCAGCAGUCUAUCGAGAAGGCCUUAAAAGAGAAACUGCCUGAGCUUGAAAGUGACGCAGCUUCUCAAUUUUCCGCUGCAAAAUUCCAUCCACUCAAUCAGCCGUCUGGUGAAUCAACGGCAACACAACAACCACCAUAUGCGUGGAUUCGCGAAGAUAUUGAAGUCUUUGUGAAGACCUAUUUCGAGGAUGAAGCGACUUCAAUCAAAGCACCUUCAAUGAUGCCUGUGGUCGAGAAAUCGCAUCUCAUGAUCAAUGAGGCAGAUGUGGUCCGCGCUUCUGCCCUAUAUUUACUUCAUCCGGUGAACGUAGCUGUCCAGGCUUGGCUUGAAACCAAAAAAGAAACAGCGCCUUUGGAAUGUACUGCAGAGGUCACUGUCGUCAAGAAAGACCCAAAGGAUAACACGAAAGCGGAAACUCGUACCGACGUCGAAUGGAAGCUGAAAGGCUCAGAUAAGGCAUUAGCUGUCCUAGAGUACAAGCGCAAACAUCUGAUAAACCCCAAAGAGAUCCUUGAUGCCGAAUACAAGACAAGUGAGCCAAUCAAACCAUUUAUUGACGAAGUCAAAACGACUGGCGGCAAUAAAACCUACUUCCUUCGGUCUUCCUUCUGGCUUAUCAAACAGGCCACAAGCUACGCAGACAAUCGCCAAGUGAAUGAUGUCUGCCUUUUCGAUUAUGAUACGAUGUUCAUCCUCAAUUAUGCAGGUGGGCUGAAUGCAGAUCCUGCAAAGAAGGGAAAAGCUGCGGUUAAGGGAAAAGGGAAGGAACGUCAAGGAGAUGAUCCCGAGACUUGGCCAUCGGGCAUACUGUAUCAAGAACAAGCAAAGCAGGCUUCGGGGAAGAGCGAUAAAGAUUAUUAUUUUCGCAGCCUACUGACAGCAUUCCUGAUUCGGGCUUACAAGCGCUCGAAGGGCGAGGUCAAAGACCCCCCAAAUAUGACGGUGGAGGUGAGUUGGACGAACAUUGUUUCAUCAACGCUUAACAAGACUGAUGAGUUGAUAGAUCCAAAAAACGGCAAGCAAGGAGGCAGUAAAGCUACAGAUGCUUCAGGCACACCAGGUGGUCCUAGUGGCGAUGGAAAGACCACGCUUCCAUUACACCCAGGCCCGCCAGAUCCCAAUACCAACAAGCCUUCAGGGACCAACAAACCUCCAGACGCUAACAAGCCUGCAGACGCCAAUAAGCCUGCUGAUGCCAAUAAGCCCGCAGAUCCUGCUAAAGGCACAGGCAGCUCCACCGGAGGCACUGGUAGCUCCACCGGAGGCACUGGUAGCUCCACCGGAGGCAAAGGCAGCUCCACCGGAGGCAAGAAACCAAGCGGGGGCAAAAAGCCAGGCAAGAAACCCUAG